AUGAGUGAAAAAAGUUUAAACAAAUCAACAUACGAUUAUUGCCAAAGUGUUUUGAAAGAGCUGUUGAAAGAAGAGCAUAACAAGUACUGUGCUGACUGUCAAACCAAAAGUCCACAAUGGGCAUCAUGGAACAUAGGAGUUUUCAUAUGCAUCAAAUGUGCUGGCAUACAUAGGAAUCUAGGUGUGCACAUUUCAAAAGUCAAGUCCAUUACACUUGAUAUUUGGAACAAUGACCACAUCUUUAUGCUACAAAAAAUGGGCAACAAAAAAGCCAACGAAGUCUAUGAAGCUACAUUGCCUAAAAAUUUUUGUAGAAAUCGGUUAGAUUUUAUGAUAACUGUUUUAUAUUUUGUUGUUUCAAAGAAAGUGGCAAGAAAAAUGUACAAUUUUUCAAUUUGGCUUCAAGCUUAG